CUCACUUUCACUGAGGCAAGUCCUUAAAUUUCUCUGCAAAACUUUUAGGACUUUACACUAAAUCAUAGACAUUUUACCUUUUUUUUUUUUCUCCUGGAAGCUAAAAGUAUUUCCUAGAAGAGUUCAUUUUUCACUUCUCUAGUUGAAUGUUUGCUAGAAAUAACAGCCAUGCAAAUAGAGCUUUCUACCUCCUUCUUUCUGUGCCUUUUACAAGUAAGUUUUAGCGCCACCAGAAGAUACUACCUGGGUGCUGUGGAACUGUCCUGGGACUAUGUACAAAGUGAUCUACUCAAUGACCUGCAUGUGGACACAAGAUUUCCUCCUAAAAUGCCAAGAUCUUCUCCACUCAACACCUCCAUCAUGUACAAAAAGACUGUGUUUGUAGAGUUCACAGAUGGUCUUUUCAACAUUACCAAGCCAAGGCCACACUGGAUGGGUCUGCUGGGUCCUACCAUCUGGGCUGAAGUUUAUGACACUGUGGUUAUUACACUUAAGAACAUGGCUUCUCAUCCUGUCAGUCUUCAAGCUGUUGGUGUAUCAUACUGGAAAGCUUCUGAGGGAGCUGAAUAUGAUGAUCAGACAAGCCAGAGGGAAAAAGAAGAUGAUAAAGUCUUUCCUGGUGAGAGCCAUACCUAUGUCUGGCAGGUCCUGAAAGAAAAUGCUCCAAUGGCGUCUGACCCACCAUGUCUCACCUACUCAUAUCUUUCCCAUGUGGACCUGGUAAAAGACCUGAAUUCAGGCCUCAUUGGAGCUCUGCUGGUGUGUAGGGAAGGGAGCCUGGAGAAAGAAAGGACACAGACUUUACACCAAUUUGUACUACUUUUUGCUGUAUUUGAUGAAGGUAAGAGCUGGUACUCAGAACCAAAGGGUCCCUUGACCCAGGCUACAGAUUCUGCACCUGCUGGGGCCUGGCAUAAAAUACACACAAUCAAUGGUUAUGUAAACAGGUCUCUGCCAGGUCUGAUUGGAUGCCACAGGAAAAUGGUCUACUGGCAUGUGAUUGGAAUGGGAACUACCCCUGAAGUACACUCAAUAUUUUUAGAAGGUCACACAUUUCUUGUGAGGAACCAUCGUCAGGCUUCUUUGGAGAUAUCACCAAUAACUUUCCUUACUGCUCAGACACUCUUGAUGGACCUUGGGCAAUUUCUACUGUUUUGUCAUAUCCCUUCCCACCAACAUGAUGGCAUGGAAGCAUAUAUCAAAGUAGAUAGCUGCCCAGAGGAACCCCAACUACAGAGGAAAAAUAAUGAAGAUGAAGAUUAUGAUGAUGAUGAUGAUGAUCUUGAUUCUGAGAUGGAUGUGUUCAGAUUUGAUGAUGACAACUCCCCCUUCCUCCAAAUUCGUUCAGCUGCCAAGAAGCAUCCUAAAACUUGGGUUCAUUAUAUUGCUGCUGAGGAAGAGGAGUGGGACUACGCGCCUUCAAUCCUCACCCCUGAUGAUGGAAGUUAUAAAAGUCAAUACUUGAAAAAUGGCCCUCGACAGAUUGGUAAAAAGUAUAAAAAAGUUAGAUUUAUGGCAUACACAGAUGAAACCUUUAAGACACGUGAAACUAUUCAGUAUGAAUCAGGAAUUUUGGGACCUUUACUCUAUGGAGAAGUUGGAGAUACACUGUUGAUUAUAUUUAAGAAUCAAGCAAGCCGACCAUAUAACAUCUAUCCUCAUGGAAUCACUGAUGUCAGGCCUCUGCACUCAGGGAGAUUGCCAAAAGGUGUAAAACACUUGAAGGAUUUUCCAAUUCUGCCAGGAGAAAUAUUCAAGUAUAAAUGGAGAGUGACUGUAGAAGAUGGGCCAACUGAAUCAGACCCUCGAUGCCUGACCAGGUAUUACUCUAGUUUCAUUAAUCUGGAAAGAGAUCUAGCUUCAGGACUCAUUGGCCCUCUCCUUAUCUGCUACAAAGAAUCUGUAGAUCAAAGAGGAAAUCAGAUGAUGUCAGACAAGAGAAAUGUCAUCCUGUUUUCUGUAUUUGAUGAAAAUCAAAGCUGGUACCUCACGGAGAAUAUGCAGCACUUCCUCUCCAACACAGCUGCAGUGCAGCCAAAGGAUCCAGAGUUCCAGGCCUCAAACAUAAUGCACAGCAUAAAUGGCUAUGUUUUUGAUAGCUUGCAGUUAUCAGUUUGUUUGCAUGAGGUGGCAUACUGGUACAUUCUGAGUGUUGGAGCACAGACUGACUUCUUAUCUGUCUUCAUCUCUGGAUAUACCUUCAAACAUAAAAUGGUCUAUGAAGAUACACUUACCCUAUUCCCAUUCUCAGGGGAAACUGUCUUCAUGUCAAUGGAAAAUCCAGGUGUGUGGGUUCUGGGGUGCCACAACUCAGACUUUCGGAACAGAGGCAUGACCGCCUUACUGAAGGUUUCUAGUUGUUACAGGAAUAUUGGUGAUUAUUAUGAGGAUAUUUAUGAAGAUAUUUCAGCAUAUUUGCUGAGUGAAAACAAUGCUCUCGAACCCAGAAGCUUCUCCCAGAAUUCAAGGCAACCUAGCACUAGGAAAAAGAAAUUAAAAGCUACUACAAUGCCAGAAAACAACAUAGAGAAGGUUGACCCACAAUCUGGAGAAAGAAUAGGGAUGGUUAAAAUACAAAAUGUGUCCUCCAGUGAUUUUUUGAGGCCCUUGGGACAGGGUCCUACUCCAACUGGAUUAUCCCUGUCAGAUCUCCAAGAAACCAUAUAUGAGACUAUUCCUGAUGAUCAUUUACCUGGUCCAACAGACAAUAAUGAAGGCCCAUAUGAAGUGGCAGACUUCAUGCCAGAACUCCAUCACAGUGGAGGCAUAGUAUUUACUCCCACGCCAAACAUCCAAUUAAGCUCAAAUAAGAAUGUGGAAACAGCUAUGGAAUCAGACUUAAAAAAACUUGAUUUGAAAGUUUCUAGUUUACCAAAACACCUAGUAACUUCAACAAUUCUAUCAAGUAAUUUAGCAGCAAGUCCUGAAAAGGCAGGUUCCUUAGGAUCCCCAAAUAUAUCAGUUCACAUUAAUAGUCAGUUAAUCAGCACUGUAUUUGGCAAAAAGCCAUCUCCAUUUAUUGACACUGGUAUACUUGUGAAUUUGAGUGAAAAAAACAAUGAUUCCAAGUCACUAGAAGCAGCUUUAACAAAUAGUCAAGAAAGUUCACUAGGGAAAAACGCAUCAUCAAUUGUGAUUGAUAGGUUACACAAGGAAAAAAGGUCAACUGGACCCAUGUUGUUAACCAAAGAUAAUGAUUUAUUCAAAGUUAAUACCUCUUUAAUAAAAACAAAUAAAGCAUCUACUCAUUCAGUAACUGAUAGAAAAGCUCACACUGAUAGCCCAACAUUAAUUGAAAAUAUCACAUCAGCCUGGCAAGAUUCUAUAUUAAAAAGGAACACUAAUUUUCAACAAGUGACAACUUCGGUUCCUGUUGAAAUGCUUGUAGAUAAAAAUACUACGGUUCUGUCAGUAAAUCAUGUAUCAAAUAAAACUACUACAUCAAAAAAUAUGGAAAUAGAUAAUCAAAUAAAAGAGGGCCCUGUGUUGCCAAAUGCAGAAGAUCUGGAAUCAGCAAACUGGAUAAAAAGUAUGCAUGGAAAGAACUCCCUGAAUUCUGGACACAUACCUACUCUAAAGCAGUUGCUAUCCUUAGGAUUAGAAAAGUCUAUAACAGAUCAGAGAUUUCUGUCAGAGAAGAGGAAAGUGGUAGUAGAAGAAGAUGAAAUUACAAGAAACACGAGACCCAAAGAGAUAAUUUUUCCAAGCAAUGACAGUGUAUCACUAACGGCCUUGGUGAAUAUACAAAAAAAAGAUACAUAUGACCAAGUAAAAACUUUACAGGAAGAGACAGAAAGGGAUGAUGCACUAACACAAGAGAAUGUAGUUUUGUCUCAGGUGUAUGCACUGACUGGCACUAAGAAUGUCUUGAAGAACCUUUUCUUACUAAGCCCAAGGCAAAAUUUAAGUUUAAAUGUAAAGGCAUAUGCACCAAUACUUCAAGAUAUGAGAUCAAAAAGUGAUUCAACAAAUACAGCAGAGAUUCACGUGACCCAUUUCUCAAAAAGAAGUGAGGAAGAGGAAACAAAUAUAGAAGGCUUGAGAAAUCAAACCACACAGAUGGAAGAGAAUUAUCUAAGCACAAGAAUGUCUCCUAAUAUAAGCCAGAAGAACAUUAUUGCUCAGUAUGGUAAACAGGCUCUAAAAAAACACAGAUUCCCUCUACAAGAAACAGAGCUUGAAAAGGGAUACAUUGUAGAUGGCACUUCAACCCCAAACAUGAAAUAUUCAACCCAGGGCCUCCUUACACAGAUAGAGUACAACAAGAAUGGAGAAAAGGCCAUUACUCAGUCUCCAUUACCAGGUAUUUUCAUGAGCAAUGGCACCACUCAGACUAGUAACUCUGCAUUACCCAUUGGAAAUAUAUCAGCAUUUCCAUUAAUCAUAUCUGUGGAUCUGAUGAGGAUACCAUCCCAAGAGAACUCUUCUCAUUUUCUAGCUUCAGACUAUACAUUCAGGACAAAAAGCUCUAGGGCUCAAGAAGGCAGCAAUUUCUUACAAAGAGCUAAUAAAAAUAACCUUUCUUUAGCUAUCCUACCACUGGAGAGCAUUGAAGAUCAAGGAAAGGUUGACUCCCUGGGGACAAGUGGCACAAACUCAUACAAAAAAAUGAAGAACAUUGUUCUCUUGAAAAGAGUUUUGCCUGAAGCACCUGGCAAAGUUGAAUUGAUUCCUGAAGUCUCCAUUCAUCAUACACCUACAGAAACUAGUCAUGGAUCUCCCAGCCAAGUGGACCUCAUGGAAGAGACCCUUCUUCAGAAAACCAAAAACUCUGAAAAGACUCCCUAUGAGCUGCUGGAUUCUCUUGCUUUGGAUAACCAAUAUGUUACCCAGAUACCAAAUGAAGAAUGGAAAUCCAAAGAGAACUCACCAAAAAACACAUCCUUUCAGACAAUGGACAAUAUUUUGUCCUUGAACCCUUGUGAAAUGAAUUACCCAUUAGCAGCAAAUGAGGUAAAAAGUUCACCCCAAAGAGAAGGCACUUGGAAAAAACAAGAAAGAGAUGGAAGACUGUGCUCUCAAAACACAGUAGUCUUAAAACAUCACCAAAAGGAAGUAACCCAUGCUACCCUUGAAUCAGAGCAAGAAGAAACUGACUAUGAUGAAACCAUCUCAACAGAAAUAAAGAGAGGUGAUUUUGACAUUUAUGGUGAAGAUGAGAAUCAGGGCCCCCGAAGCUUUCAGAAGAGAACCCGACAUUAUUUUAUUGCAGCAGUGGAACGGCUUUGGGACUAUGGGCUGAGUAGAUCCCCUCAUGUUCUAAGAAACAGGGAUCAGAGUGGCAGUGCUCCUCAGUUCAAGAAGGUAGUUUUCCAGGAAUUCACUGAUGGCUCCUUCAGUCAACCUUUAUACCGUGGAGAACUAAAUGAACACCUAGGCAUCUUGGGACCAUAUAUAAGAGCAGAAGUUGAAGACAACAUUGUGGUAACUUUCAAAAAUCAAGCCUCUCGUCCCUACUCUUUCUAUUCUAGUCUCAUUUUUUAUAAGGAAGAUAACAGACAAGGAGCAGAACCCAGAAAAAACUUUGUCAAACCAAAUGAAACAAAAACUUACUUUUGGGAAGUCCAACAUCACAUGGCACCCACGAAAGAUGAGUUUGACUGCAAAGCCUGGGCUUACUUCUCUGAUGUUGAUCUGGAGAAGGACAUGCACUCAGGCUUGAUUGGACCCCUUCUGAUCUGUCGCACUAACACACUGAGUCCUGCUCAUGGGAGACAAGUAACAGUACAGGAAUUUGCUCUGUUUUUCACUAUCUUUGAUGAGACUAAGAGUUGGUACUUCACUGAAAAUAUGGAAAGGAACUGUAGGACAUCCUGUAAUAUCCAAAAGGAAGACUCCUCUUUAAAAGAAAAUUAUCGCUUCCAUGCAAUCAAUGGCUAUGUGAUGGAUACACUCCCUGGCUUAGUAAUGGCUCAGGAUCAAAGGAUUAGAUGGUAUCUACUGAGUAUGGGCAGCAAUGAAAACAUCCAUUCUAUUCAUUUCAGUGGACAUGUGUUUACUGUACGGAAAACAGAGGAGUACAGAAUGGCUGUGUACAACCUCUAUCCAGGUGUUUUUGAGACAGUGGAAAUGCUACCAUCCAAAGCUGGGAUUUGGCGGGCUGAAUGCCUUAUUGGCGAGCACCUAAAUGCUGGGAUGAGCACUCUCUUUCUGGUGUACAGCAAGCAGUGUCAGAUUCCCCUGGGAAUGGCUUCUGGACACAUUAAAGAUUUUCAAAUUACAGCUUCAGGACAAUAUGGACAGUGGACCCCAAACCUGGCCAGACUUCAUUAUUCUGGAUCAAUCAAUGCCUGGAGCACCAAGGAACCCUUUUCCUGGAUCAAGGUGGAUCUGUUGGCACCAAUGAUUAUUCAUGGCAUCAAGACCCAGGGCGCCCGUCAGAAGUUCUCCAGCCUCUACAUCUCUCAAUUUAUUAUCAUGUAUAGUCUUGAUGGGAAGAAGUGGUGGACUUACCGAGGGAAUUCCACUGGGACUUUAAUGGUCUUCUUUGGCAAUGUAGAUUCAUCUGGGAUAAAGCACAAUAUUUUUAAUCCUCCAAUUAUUGCUCGGUAUAUCCGUUUGCACCCAACUCAUUAUAGCGGCCGCAGUACUCUUCGCAUGGAGUUGAUGGGCUGUGAUUUAAACAGUUGCAGCAUACCAUUAGGAAUGGAAAGCAAAGUAAUAUCAGAUGCACAGAUUACUGCCUCUUCCUACUUCACCAAUAUGUUUGUAACCUGGUCUCCUUCACAAGCUCGACUUAACCUGCAGGGGAAGACUAAUGCUUGGCGACCUCAUGUGAAUAAUCCAAAAGAGUGGCUACAAGUGGACUUCCAGAAGACAAUGAAAAUCACAGGGAUAAUCACCCAGGGAGUGAAAUCUCUCCUUACCAGCAUGUUUGUGAAGGAGUUUCUCAUCUCUAGCAGUCAGGAUGGCCAUCGCUGGAUUCUCAUUUCUCAGAAUGGGAAAGUUAAGGUUUUUCAGGGAAAUCAAGACUCCUUCACACCUGUGAUGAACUCUCUAGACCCACCACUGCUGACUCGCUACCUUAGAAUUCACCCCCAGAGUUGGGCCCACCAGAUUGCUCUGAGGAUAGAGAUUCUGGGUUGCGAGGCCCAGCAACUAUACUGAGGACCUUACAGUCCUGAUCUGCCCUUCACCAAGUCCAUCAGCUCUCAGGUAUUCCUCAACUCCAGGCCAGGGUCCCUUUCAGGCUUCCAGGUUAUACAAUACCUCGACACUGUCCAUGGCACAUGCAUUUUUAAUAUGUAUUUAAGUUACAUAAUGCUAGCAGACACUGACCUGAAGCUUCCUGAAGUAUUAAUCCUGCAUUUCUUAAAAUGUAGGAUUAGGUUUCUGACAGAGCUACACCUUUGUUGUAGAAAAACUUGAUGUUAAGAAAAAUAUUCUUUGUAUUCACAGAAGAUAUUCAUGAUAUAAGCAUCAGGCUGAACUUCAGACAUUUAGAAUUAGACUCGUGCUUAUUAUCCUAAUGGAUCAUGAAAUAAAACAUGUUUGGGGAUCUUAUCUGCAUAGAUGUGAAAUAAAAAAGCAAGUAAUUUUGACAGUAAAUGAAGUAAAAUGAAGAUAAUAGAAGAAUUGCUAUAUUAGAGUCUACUUGAUUAAAUAAACAAUCUCAGAAGGAUGUAGAAAUGAAGCCAUUUUAUCUUAAUUCCAAUAAACAAAAAAAUACAUUAGAAGUAUAGAAUUUAUCCAGAACCUUGAAAUUGAAGUGACAACGUCCUAUUGAAAUUUGUGGUGGCCAAGAAGAGGAAUGCUCAUAAUAGGCUUAAAACACAUUGUUUACAAAAUGUUUGCAUUGGGCUGGGAAUGUGAUCUAGUGGCAGAGUGCUUGCUUAGCAUGCAUGAAGCCCUGGGUUCGAUC